AUGGCCGAGCUGGACAAUGGGAGCCCUCCUCCCCGCGACAACUACAAGUAUAAAAAUCGAAAGAGAGGCAGGUCAGUGACCCCUGAAAGGAAGAGGAGGAGCCCAAGCCCUAAGAAAGAGCGGGCAAAGAAGGAGAAGACCCCCCCUAGGAACCCUACUGGGGCUCAGGGGAGAGGUCAGAAUCAAUUCACCCCGUUGGUGGCCUCGAUAGAGCACAUUUAUGCCAUCAACGCUGAUAAAGGGAUCUUCAAGAAGCCUGCCCCAAUGAGUAACUGGGCAAAGAAGGAUAGGACCAAGUACUGUGCGUUCCAUGAGCAAAAUGGUCAUGAUACCGCGGAUUGUCAACAGCUGAAACAACAAAUUGAGGAGCUAAUCAAAAAUGGGAGGCUCACCGAGUGGGUGAAGACGCAAAAGAAGAGUUAUAAUAAUGUGCCUCCGCCCCCUCAAGAUAAUGAUAAUGAGACUACUAACACUGAGAAGGUGCCAAGAGCGGGGAGCAUUCACAUGAUCAUUGGCGGUCCUUAUAUUGGGGGGGAGAGCAGAAAAGCCAUGGAAAGGUACGCACAGGAGGCCAAGAGCCCGCCUUUGACUAAUGUCAAUCAUCUCUCUGAGAGACCCCCCAAAAUGUUUAGGGGUGAGACCAUGAACAUUAUGUUUAGUGAGGAGGACGCAAGAUGGGUUCAUCACCCCCAUUCCGAUGCUCUGGUAGUGAAGGUCAGAAUUGGCUCCAACAACGUGCAUAGGGUACUUGUCGAUAAUGGGAGCGCAACAAAUAUCCUGUCCUACGACGCCUUCACUUAG